AUGAAAUGUGACAAAGCUCUCACCUACCUAAGAAUUUUCGGGACGACAAUGUUUGGAGUCUCGCUACUCGUGGGAAUUUCUACCGCCUACAUCAUGGGCUACCAGUUUUUCACCACGGCACGAAACCACUUGUCCUUCGGGCUGUACGGGGCCAUCCUGGUCAUCCACCUCAUCAUCCAGAGUCUGUUUGCUGUCCUAGAACACCGGAACAUGAGGAGAUCCCUGGAGACGCCCAUCAAACUCACCAAAUCACUGGCCCUGUGCAUUGCAGCCUAUCAGGAGGACCCGGCCUACCUGAGGAAGUGUUUGGUAUCGGUCAAGAGGUUGACCUACCCGGGCAUCAAGGUCAUCAUGGUGAUCGACGGGAAUAACGAGGAAGACAACUACAUGAUGGAGAUCUUCCGGGAGAUCAUGGGGUGGGAUAAAGCCACCACGUACGUCUGGAAAAAUAACUACCACCACCGGGGACCUGAGGAGACGGACCAGAUGUACGCUGAGAGCCUGCAGGCCAUCUCGCGCCUUGUGCUCAAUAAUAAAUGUGUCUGCAUCAUGCAGAAGUGGGGAGGCAAGAGGGAAGUAAUGUACACAGCCUUCAAAGCCCUGGGGAGGAGUGUGGACUAUGUUCAGGUGUGUGACUCUGACACUAUGCUGGAUCCUGCGUCCUCUGUGGAGAUGGUGAAGGUUCUGGAGGAAGACCCCAUGGUGGGAGGAGUGGGAGGAGACGUCCAGAUCCUGAACAAAUACGAGUCCUGGAUCUCGUUUCUUAGCAGCGUCCGUUACUGGAUGGCCUUCAACAUCGAGCGGGCGUGUCAGUCCUACUUCGGCUGCGUCCAGUGCAUCAGCGGACCACUGGGAAUGUACAGGAACAACCUGCUCCACGAGUUCAUAGAGGAUUGGUACAACCAGACCUUCAUGGGCAGCCACUGUAGCUUCGGCGACGACCGCCACCUCACCAACCGCGUGCUGAGCCUGGGCUACGCCACCAAGUACACGGCCCGGUCCAAGUGCCUGACCGAGACCCCCAUCACCUACCUGCGCUGGCUGAACCAGCAGACCCGCUGGAGUAAGUCCUACUUCAGAGAGUGGCUCUACAACGCCAUGUGGUUCCACAAACACCACCUCUGGAUGACCUACGAGGCUGUCAUCACCGGGUUCUUCCCCUUCUUCCUCAUCGCCACGGCGAUACAGCUGUUCUACCAGGGGAGGAUCUGGAAUAUCCUUCUCUUCCUGUUGAUCGUCCAGGCGGUCGCCCUCAUCAAGUCCUCCUUUGCCUCCUGCAUGAGGGGCAACAUCGUCAUGGUCUUCAUGUCCUUCUACUCAGUGUUGUACAUGUCCAGUCUGCUACCGGCCAAGAUGUUCGCUAUCGCCACCAUAAACAAGGCCGGCUGGGGCACGUCAGGGAGGAAGACGAUCGUGACUAACUUCGUAGGGCUCGUUCCCAUAUCGGUCUGGUUCACCAUCCUCUUCCUUGGCAUUAUCUAUACGGUCGUCCAGGAAACCAGAAAAGAUGUUCCUUUUCCAGACUCUGAAAAGAUAGUGUUAAUGGUGGGUGCGAUAGUGUACGCCAGCUACUGGGUCAUGCUGUUGACAUUGUACAUGGUGCUGAUCACUAAAUGUGGCAAGAGGAAGAAAGAACAGCAGUAUGAUAUGGUGCUGGAUGUAUGACAUCUCCCUCCUCAUCCUCCUCCUCCCCUGAAACUCCUCGGUUGGGUCUUAAACGCCACUCUAUUUCCUGCAUAGUGCACUACUUUUGACCAGGGUCCAUACAGGGCUCUGGUCAAAAAGUAACACACUUUUUUUUUAGGGAUCAGGGUGCAGUUUGAGGCGCAGACUAUCUCCCUCUCAACAACGUUUACAAAGUGAAGAAUCUCAAACUGCUCCUUGAUUGUUGGACUCUCGGCGGGUGACGUGAAGUGAGGAUGCCAGGAGAGCGAUAUCAUUGCUGCUGUGACUGACUGCAACAAGAAACUACAGAUAUUUUCUUCUGAAAUAUUAUGAUGAUGAGGUAAAACUCUUGUUGGUGAUGUGUUUUGCCAAAUGGAAAACCACCAAACGGACAUCCUGUUUUUCCACAUAGAUACACAGAGAUGAUAUGCAUAAUGUCCUAUGCACUUUUACGUCUCACUCCCAUUGUGCAUAAUGCUUGACAGAGUCAUUUGAAGAUGAAAUACCUCAGUGGUUAUGCUUUUCAUUGUAUGAGUGAGUGAUCGGGAUGCACCCAGAAAAUGGCUCGUUCUUGAUUAUAACAUAAUUUAUGAUGUUUUUGGUCAUAUUUGUCCUUUUUUUUAUACACAGUUCUUAAUGAAAGUCAAAGCUGGAAUUUCUCAGUUCUUUUGGCCAUGCUGUAUCUGUUGACUUGUUACUUUGUAAGUUACAUAUUAUAUUUUAAUGCCUUUUUAUAUAGACUUUUUAAAAAUUCUAUUUUUGCUUUAAUAACCACCAAAGAUUCUUUAUUUUCAUUCAUUUUUAUAUAAAAUGGAGAGAAAAAAAUGCAUUGUGCAUUCAACUGUUAUAACAAUGACGUGUGUAUCUGACCAAAAAAUGUGAAGUUAACAGCUGGGGUUUUGUCUGCAAUGAUAACAAUAAAAUGCAAUUCUAGGGAUAAGUUAUUGAAUACAAGAAGGGUGAUUAACCUGUGUUUUUUUUUAUGUACAAUGAGAGAAAACCAGCAAUAUUUAUAAGAACAUUCUGUGGUUUUCUAGAUAAUUCUAUAUUUAAUAAUAUACAUUUCAUAAUAGACCUUAUAGAGACCGUCGUUCGUUUUGGAGAGGUAGCCGUUCUGCAGGAUUUUACUCCAGCCCUAAUCUUAACAUAGCCUUUCGCAAAUCUAAAUUAGCAAGACAGCACAAACAGAUCUGGGACCAGGCUAGCUCUAACACACUCUAUUCUACUGAUCAGCACAAACAGAUCUGGGACCAGGCUAGCUCUAACACACUCUAUUCUACUGAUCAGCACAAACUGAUCUGGGACCAGGCUAGCUCUAACACACUCUAUUCUACUGAUCAGCACAAACAGAUCUGGGACCAGGCUAGCUCUAACACACUCUAUUCUACUGAUCAGCACAAACAGAUCUGGGACCAGGCUAGCUCUAACACACUCUAUUCUACUGAUCAGCACAAACUGAUCUGGGACCAGGCUAGCUCUAACACACUCUAUUCUACUGAUCAGCACAAACAGAUCUGGGACCAGGCUAGCUCUAACACACUCUAUUCUACUGAUCAGCACAAACAGAUCUGGGACCAGGCUAGCUCUAACACACUCUAUUCUACUGAUCAGCACAAACUGAUCUGGGACCAGGCUAGCUCUAACACACUCUAUUCUAUUGAUCAGCACAAACUGAUCUGGGACCAGGCUAGCUCUAACACACUCUAUUCUACUGAUCAGUACAAACUGAUCUGGGACCAGGCUAACUGUUACUGCAGGGCUGGAGCAAAAGCCUGCCACGCAGUAUCUCUUCAGGCGGCGGUUUAACCACCUUUUGCCUUACUGUAGGACUUCCUGAAAUAGGUUUCAAGGUUUCAUACGAGUUCACAUGAGGACAUUCGUCACAUGAUGCAUUCUGAAAAUUGUAUAAACAAUGCGUUAAUCCACAUCAGAUUAAAAUCCCAAAAGAUACAUUUUCGCAAAAAUGUAAUGAUCUAUUCCAGAGUACUUACUCUUUAGAAUCUUAUUAGAAUUGA